AUGGUCGGAGUCAAGCGCAUUCUUGCAGGUGCUGCUCUGCUGCUGGGUGUCUCGCAGGUCGCCGCCACGGCGACCCCGGGCACGCCUGUGUAUACGGGUGUCAAGUCCUUCCCUACGGAAGUCUUCAAGUCGAUGUACUACAUGCCCAAGAACCAGGAACAGGAGCCCCGCCCUGUGGUGACGCGCCUGAACGGAGGUACCUUCCCUGACUCGCUCAACAACCCCACGCAGUUGCCCACUGCGCCCCCCUCGAGCGAGAUUCUGAUGCCCCCUCAGCAACACGGCAGCGAACAGGUGGACAAGCUUGUGAACGAUCUUUUCAACAUUGCUGGCCAGCUCUUCAAGCUGGACCAGUCAACUUCGCUGACCUGCAACCUCUGCACGUCUGGUCUUGCUACGCUCCAGACGCUUGCGCACGUUGACCCCGAGAUUCUCCCUGACGUGAUGGGCUCGAUUUGUGAUACAUUUGGCGUGUUCAAGCUGCUCAGCUUCAAGCAGGAGUGCAAGCGCACGCUCGGCAAGGCCGUGUAUGGUGGUCCGAUCACGCAGGUGCUUAGCGUGGCCAACUUCACCAAAGGCGCCAUUGAUGCCCAGGGUAUCUGCGCGCAGAUCCCGAAGCUGAACCUGUGCCCCAAGCCUUCGGAGAAAUUCUCGGACGACUUCCUGAACAGCUGGUUCCGUGGCAAGCGUCACGCCUCCAAGCAGGUGACCAGCCGCUGGGCGCAGAAGAAGGCCGAGUCGAAGAAGUGGCCCAAGGACCAGAUGCUCCGUGUGCCCCACGUCUCGGACCUGCACGUUGACGGUCGCUACAAGGUCGGUGCCGAGGCUGCGUGCACCUUUGGCGAGACGGUUGCUUGCUGCCGUCAGAACAGCUACAACUCGACUAUGUGGGACAAGCAGUUUGUCCACGGCGACCUCCCGAAGAAGAACAUUUCCGAAGAGUCGAACUACUGGGGCAGUCUCAAGUGCGACGCUCCCUGGGCGCUGAUGGGCAACUCGAUGCAGACCCUCAAGGCGCUCGGUGGCAAGAAAGGCUUCGACUUUGCCGUCUUUACCGGUGAUCUCGUUGCGCACGACGAUCUUUACCGCUACUCCCACGACUUUGCUGAGUACUCGGAGCAGGCUCUCUUUGACAUGCUGAAGCACUUCCUUGGUGAUACCCCUCUCCUUACCACUCUCGGCAACCACGACACCUCGCCCGAGAACUUUAUGUCGCACAAGAACAUGCCCUACGGCAUCUCGAACGCGUUCAACUGGGACCUGAACUACGUCGCCGAGCUCUGGUCGGCGGAGAACUGGAUCAACAGCACGCAGGCCAACCAGGUCCGGACGCACUACGGUGCCUACUCCAUCUCGCCCCGCAAGGGAUUCCGUGUCAUUUCGCUCAACACCGACUUCUGGUACUACGUGAACGUGUACAACUACGUGAACAUGCAGAACCCCGAUGCGAGCGGCAUGCUUCGUUUCCUCACCGACGAACUGCUUGCUGCCGAGGAGGCUGGUGAGCGCGUGUGGAUCAUUGGUCACGUUCUUACCGGCUGGAGCGGCGAUGAGGCGCUCGACCGCCCGGGCAACCUCUUCUACCAGAUUGUGAGCCGCUUUGCUCCCCACACUCUUGCGCACAUCUUCUUUGGUCACACGCACGAGGACCACUUCCAGAUGUUCUACUUUAACGACAAUGGUGAGUCGGCCAGCGCGCGCCAGAACACCAAGGACGCGGUCGCACAGGCGUUUAUUGCCCCGUCGAUCACUCCUUACACCUACCUUAACCCCGCGAUUCGUGUGUACACGGUCGACCCGGGCACCUUUGAGGUGUUCGACUACGAUCAGUACUACUCGCAGAUUGACGAGUAUGACGAACUGAUCGAGAGCAAGGCCAACCACGGCCCUGUCUGGCGUCACCUGUACAGUGCGCGCGACGCGUACGGCGACUUCCGCUCGUCGGUCCACACCGGCAAGUACAAUGCUGGCGUCAAGCUUGACGGCACCAAGUGGCCCGAGUCGGCUCCCCUCAACGCUACGUUCUGGGGAGCAGUCACGGACGAGAUGGAGGCGCGCCCUGAGCUUGUGUCCUACUUCUCGCGCCUCCAGUCGCGUCUUUCGUCCAAGGCGCGCGUGUGCGACACGGCCGAGUGCCACAAGGCCAACAUUUGCUACAUGCGUUCGGGCUCCCCGACCCAGGGCCGCCGUUGCAACUCUGACUACUCCUCGGUUGGUCGUUGA